AUGGAGCGGGCCACAAAGAGGCCAAGGCUUGUCGACUCUAGUGAACCACCACAAAACGCCCACCACAACCACCAAGAAUCUAGCCGUUUCGACGGUACGGGGAUUGCGAUACGGGAUGGCACUGUCCAGGUUCAAGGCGAUCUUUAUGUGAAUUCAAGCCACGCUACGGAGGAGACCAAGAAUAUAAACCCCGCAAGAGAACGAAUACUCGAAUCUCUCCGCUUCGAACAGAUCGAUGCCCGGCAAUUGAGCAUCAAGAAAGCACACUCCAAAACAUGCCAGUGGUUUCUGAAAACCGCAUUAUACCGGAAGUGGGAGAGCAGGGACCUAGGAUCGCACGAUAGUCGAUUCUUGUGGAUCAAAGGCAAACCCGGAGCUGGAAAGUCUACACUAAUGAGGUUCUUAUUGGAACACAAUCGCAGCCUCGCCCGCCGAUCGAGUCGCACGGAGGUUCUGAUCUCAUUCUUCUUCAAUGCUAGAGGUGAAAGCCUAGAAAAGUCGACCCUCGGCUUAUAUCGGUCACUCUUAUUGCAACUCCUAGAAGCACGCCCAGAGUCACACCGGAUAUUGGACGCCGUGCGACCGGGUCGUCCAUGGACCGUGGAUCUACUAAAGGAUCUAUUCGAGAAAGCAUUACAGGAACUGGAGGAAACCUCGAUCGUUUGUUUCGUCGAUGCCCUGGAUGAAUGUGAAGAGACAGAGAUUCGAGAUAUGGUUCGGUUCCUAAGCGAUCUUGUCGAAACUGGAGGUCGACUCCACAUAUGCUUCGCAAGCAGGCACUACCCACACAUCACGAUUCAGACAGUACUCAGCAUUGUCCUUGAGGACCAAAAUGAACACGGAAAUGAUAUUGCGCGUUACAUCGACGCCAGGCUACACCUAAAGGAAGGCAAGCGGGCAGAAGAGAUCCGUCUAGAGCUGAGGGAAAAGGCGUCAGGGGUCUUUAUUUGGGUAGCUCUUGUCGUGGAGAUUUUGAACAAGGAGUACGAAGCAGGGCGCAGCUAUGCUUUACGCGAGCGACUACGACAACUUCCCAGCGAUUUGCAUAACCUUUUUCGCGAUAUUCUUAGUCGCGAUAACAAAGACCGAGCCAGCCUUCUCUUGUGCAUUCAGUGGGUUUUAUUCGCCAAAACUCCCCUCACACCUGUGCAGCUGUACUUUGCACUUAUUUCUGGUGUAGAACCUGCAUGUCUAGAUCAAAUAGAUCUCGAGGAUCAUUCAGAUGACAACAUUCGACGGUUCGUCCUGAACAACUCGGAAGGACUAGCAGAACCUACCAAAUCUGCGACUCCUACAAUCCAAUUUAUCCACGAAUCAGUCAGGGAUUUCUUACUUAAAGAACAAGAUCUAUACGGGAUCUUUCCUGAACUGCAAGGAAACAUCGUUGGAAGAAGCCAUGAAGCACUAAAACAGUGCUGCAUGAGCUACAUGAGCUCACCGAAUGUGGUCAAAUUGAAACCGUUCCUUCCCGACACCGCAUUUUUUGCCCCAUUCCUCGCGUACGCCAACCAGGGUGUUUUGCACCAUGCUGAUCAAGCAGAAAGGAACGGCAUAAGUCAACAGGACUUUUUGACUGCAUUCCCACUUUCACAGUGGGUAGAGCAUUAUAACUGCCUUCAAAAUGAUCACGUGCGUCACUAUUCGUCAAAAGCCAGUCUCAGGUAUAUCAUGGCGGAAGCUGGAAUGCCAGCGUUGAUCGGCGUCCUACCCGCUGGUCAAUCCUGCUUUGAUGUCGAAGAUGAGCGAUACGGGCUUCCAAUCCUUGCAGCGGCGGCAGCCAAAAAUCACGACACGGUCCUAGCUAUGCUCAAUAUUGAAGCACGGUGCUUGCCCAAUUUCUCAUUUGAGGAUUUUCGCUCACAAUAUCCUCCACUCCCUGACAAACUGAACGCUUCGAGCCGGGAUUUUACUUUUGAUAAAAGCAAGGCAAGCCUUCCUCAACUGAUUCAAUACGGAAGCGAGAUGCUCUGCCUCUUUUAUCUUUUAACCAAAGAUGAAAUUGACCUGAGGGGUAGUGAAAACAGAGCACUUAUCCCGCAGGCUCUUGAGAAUGGGUUCAUCGUGGUAGCUAAGCUGUUGAUCGAUCAGGGCGCUGACAUUCACACUGCUGACAAAAACGGAGAAACACCAUUAUCCAGGGCUUCGCGAUACGGAUAUAGGGAAGUAGUCAAAUGGCUACUCGACCGCGGUGCCGAUAUUUCGUCUGCAGCGGAUAAUGGUGAAACACCAUUACACUGGGCUUCCUGGAAUAGGCAUAUCGAGGUAGCUGAGCUAUUGCUCGAUCGCGGUGCCGAUGUCUCGGCUACGAUGAACGACGGCGCAACUCCAUUGCACUGGGCUUCCUGGAAUAGGCAUAUCGAGGUAACUAAGCUGUUACUCGAUCGCGGUGCAAAUAUUUUCGCUACAGCGAAUAAUGGGGCGACACCACUACACUGGACUUCCUUGAAAGGGCAUGUUGAGGUAGCCAAGCUGUUAAUUGAUCGCGGUGCCGAUAUCUCAGCUGCAGCGGAUAACGGCACAAUACCUUUACAUUGGGCUUCUUGGAAUGGACAUAUCGAGCUAGCUAAGCUGCUACUGGAUCACGGUGCCAAUAUUUCAGCUACAGGGCAUGACGGCGCAACACCAUUGCACUGGGCUUCCGGGAAUGGGUGUGUCGAUCUAGCUGAGCUACUACUCGAUCGCGGUGCCGAUAUUUCGGCUGCAGCACAACACGGCGCGACACCAUUGCACUGGGCAUAUCGGAAUGGGCAUUUCGGGGUAGUUAACUUGUUACGCGCUCAUGGUGCCGGUUACUAUAGGACCAGGAACAGUGGAUAA